AUGUAUCCAUGUAAUUUUUAUUUUUUUUUUUUUUUUUGCCCAGCAAUGAUCUUCUUAGUUUUAGUUUGCUUGUUUGUGCUUGUCAGAGGUGGAUUGGUUAAGAAUGAGGUUGAUAGUGUUGGGUAUCGGUUUAGUUUGGGUGUGGAGACAGGUAACUCUAUCUAUAAGGUGUUUGAGAUUGGUGAUGGCCAGUUAUUUCAUGGAAACACCACCGUGCAAUGUUUGACUGGGAAUAGCACGUACCAAACACCCGAUCCGUGUGGGAACUGUGAGCUGGCUGCAUAUUGCAAGGUUAGAAAGUCGCCACAAUACAUUGUGCUUACCUCGGGGGUGUUACGUAAUCAGAGAGGAGCUAUUGGAGAGAUUGUUGCCAACCACCAGUUUCAAUUUGAUUUGCCAUCGCAGCCAGAUGCGUUGUUUAAUAAAGGUUGGUCGAUUGUUUCGUGGAAUGGCAAACUGUUGCUUGCACUUAAUGGGGAUACUCAAUUCUGGCACUGUCAGGCUGGCACCAAUGGGUUGUACAAGUUGUAUAAUGCGUCGAUUGGCGGGCAGUGUUCGCCAGUGUAUAUUGUGGUGUUGCAGCAAGUUUGGUGA